UUUUUUUUUUCUUUUCUUAUUUAUCCCUAAAACAAAAAAAAAGAAAAAAGCUUAAACAAUCGAUGACUGAUACUGUCUCUGACAACCUUUCUAAUAUAAUCAAUUUAUCAUGGCAACCUCAAGGUGGAUUUAUAGCUUCCAGCUUAAAACAAAAGCAAACGGUCAUGUACUCUCCGAAGAACCACGUUUCAAAAAUAGUUCCUAUCGAAAAUCAAAGUAUUAUUUCCCUCCGUCAACUGGAUGACGAUAUCAGCGUUAUUAUGCGACAACGAGCACAGAACGGUUAUCUCAUGAACUGUGAAAAAAACUACCGAAUGGUGAACGAAAAAGAUAGAAAACUAGGCGAAACUUGGUUAUGGAUGGAAAGAGCAGUAAAAGUGAUCAAUAAAUCAGGCCAGUUUAAUAAUAUGGAUUAUAAUCUUAGAGGAGUUUAUCAAAUAUGGAUGGGACCAGGAUCUCAAGGAAGGAAGGCAUCUCCAUCAAGUACUCCUCGACCUAAUAUAUCUUCCCCUCAAAAGCGAUCUUCUGCUGGUCGAAAAAAAGAUUCACAACCUACAUCACCCAAUACUGAUAUGGAAAAACAGCAACAACAAGCACUACAACAACAACAACAACAACAACAACAAGAAGAUCAACUUUAUAUUAUAUCAUCCACGACCAAAUCCGAUCAACGUAAAGUCGCCUUGGCCACUUGUGGAUUUGAUAUGACUAAAAAUCAACUAGAAGAAAUAUUGAAAAACUUCGAAGCAAAUGGUGAAUAUGAUAAGGCUGCAGCUUGGUCUGUUUUUAAUGGUCUUACCGAUCGAGCAAUAGAAUGUCUUUCUAAUAUACAAGAUGUCACAAAAGAGGAUGGGCAACAGCGCAAACUCAUGUCUGUAGUACUUGCAGGUUAUCAAACAAACUCAGAUCCAACACCUACAUGGCGUCAUCUAUGUGAAUCAUUAAGCAAAGAUUUAGUCGAUAGUCCCUAUUUAAAGGCUAUUUUCCAAUAUAUAGCUUCUAGUAAUUGGGAUCAGGUGUUGACAGAAACUGCUAUACCACUUCAAGAAAGAGUUGCAAUUGCAUUACGAUUUUUAGAUGAUGAUCAGUUGACAUUAUAUUUGGGUCGUACUAUGGAUCAAGUGAUUAUGGAUGGCGAUAUUGAAGGUUUAGUUUUAACAGGAUUAAGUACACGAGGAAUAGAUUUAUUAGAAAAAAUGGUGAAUCGAUAUGGUGAUAUUCAAACGGCUGCUCUCCUUGUUAGUUUUGUGGUACCUAGACGAUUACAAGAUUCUCGAGCAGAAGAAUGGAUUGAGAGUUAUCGAUUAUUAUUAGAUAGAUGGCAAUUUUGGCAUACUAGGGCCAAGUUUGAUAUCGAACGUGGAAAAUAUAUGAAUGCAUCAGAAGAUAUUGCUUCCCCUCAAGUGUAUGUCCGAUGUACUUAUUGUGCUCAGACUCUAGGACAUAGUCUAUUGGUUCAAAAUAUACGUAGUAGGGAUGGGAAAAGAAUGAAUGUGCAAGCCAAUAUUUCUCCAGCUUCAAGUAGUCGUAUUAGUGGCAAACAAAAAGCUACAGUAUGUCCUAGUUGUCGUAAACCAUUACCACGUUGUGCAUUAUGUCUACUUCAUAUGGGAACACCUAUUGACUCUGUACGACAAGCCAUGGCAACAAACGAUGCAAAUAAUGUCGAUCCCUCUAAUUUUGGUUUAUGGUUUACAUGGUGUCAAACUUGUCGACAUGGAGGUCAUUCUUUACAUUUAUUUGAUUGGUUUCAAAAACAUUCCAGCUGUCCUGUUAGUAAUUGUGCAUGUCAGUGUCAAAUUUUUACAGAAUAAUGAUGAUAAUAAUAAAAGAUUUUUAUUGAUAUAUGAAAAAAAAAA